GUCUUUAUCAUGAUUGAAUCUACGCAUCAGAAAUAAAUACAUAAUACAUUGCAUAAUAUUGGCAGUUUGUGUUGGUCUAGCUUGACAAGCAGACACACUCAAUAGAUCUCUCUAAAAAAAAAAUAAAAAUAUCUAUUUGCCACAAUGGAUAUUUUAACAGCACUCAUAAGUUUAAUUUUAAUAAUAAUAGUAUAUUAUUUUUUUGUUAAAAGUGAUGUAAAUAUAUUUGAUAAACAUGGAAUUCCAUAUUUAAAACCAUGGCCGUUAUUUGGUAACAUGGGACCAUCAUUGUUUAAAAAAAUAGCAAUGGUGCACUAUGUACAAAAAGUGUAUAAUUUAAAUGACAAUGCAAAGUACGUUGGUUUUUUUGAUUUUGGAAGUCCAACAAUAAUAAUACGUGAUACGGAAUUAAUAAAAUCAAUUGCUAUUAAAAAUUUUGAUCAUUUUGUAAAUCAUCGUGGUUUUGUUGAUACAACAAUUGAGCCAUUAUUUUCAAAUAAUUUAUUUUCAUUGCAUGAUGAAAAAUGGAGACAAAUGAGAAAUAUAUUAACACCAGCAUUUACAUCAAGUAAAAUGAAAGGAAUGUUUAAAUUAAUGUCAAAUUGUGCUGAAAUAUUUUCUGAUUAUCUUGUUGAAUCAUUGGAAAAUAAUAAUUCAAUUGUUAUUAAUUCAAAAGAUGCAUUUUGUCGUUAUACAAAUGAUGUCAUAGCAAGUUGUGCAUUUGGUAUAACAAUAAAUUCAAUGAAACAUCAAGAUAAUGAAUUUUAUGUACUUGGUAAAAAAUCAACAAAUUUAGAAGGUGUUAUGGCUAUUAAAUUAUUUCUUUUACGUAGUUUUCCAAUACUAGCUAGAUUAUUUAAAAUACGAAUAUUUGGAAAUGAUGUUUAUAUAUUUUUUUCAAAUAUUAUUGAACAAACAGUACGUAUGAGAGAUGAAAAUAAUAUUAAUAGACCUGAUAUGAUACAACUUAUGAUGGAAACAAGAAAUAAUAAAAGUGGACCAAAUCUUUCAAUCGGUGAUAUGACAUCACAAGCUUUUAGUUUUUUUUUUGGUGGUUUUGAUACAACAAGUAGUCUCAUGUGUUUUGUUGUUCAUGAAAUUGCUGCAAAUCCAGAAAUUCAAUUAAAAUUACAAAAUGAAAUUGAUGAUAUAUUUGAUAAAUGUAAUGGUGAUGUUACAUAUGAAGCUGUUAAUGGACUUGAGUAUCUUGAUGCAGUUAUAAAUGAAACACUGAGAUACUAUCCAAUAGCUGGUUUUCUUGAUAGAAAGUGUACAAAAAAUUUUGAGCUACCUCCAACAUUACCAGGAGAAAAACCACUUGUUGUUAAACCUGGUGAUUUUAUAUGGUUUCCUGUUUAUCCACUUCAAAGAGAUGAAAAAUAUUUUAAUGAUCCAGAUAAAUUUUAUCCUGAAAGAUUUAUUGAAGAUCCAAAAGGAACUCUUCAUUCUCCAGCAUACAUGCCAUUUGGAGUUGGUCCAAGAAUGUGUAUUGGAAAUCGUUUUGCAUUGUUGGAAACAAAAGUUUUGAUUGUUCAUCUUAUUGCAAAAUGCAAAUUAAAACCUGCUGAGAAAAUGAUAAUGCCACUUCAACUCAGUAAAAAAAGUUUUGCAAUGAAUGCUGAAGGAGGAUUUUGGCUGGAUGUUGAAGCAAGAAACAAAUGGCCUGGUAGAACUAAUAUUGAUAAAUAAAUAUUACAAGUAAUAUUUUUAUUAAAAAUAAUAAUGUUUUACAUGCAGAUAAAUUUUAUUCUAUUGUUAUUUCGUUUUCUAAUAAAUAAACAAAUUAAAUCAAUAAUAAAAAAUUAAAAAUUUACAUAAUUUUUUAUAGACAUUAAUAAUUUUUUUUAUUAAUUUCAAAUUAGCUAAUGGAUCACAAUAAUUCAUAUGAUGAUUGAUGAAUAAAUUUAAAAACAAUUAUACUUAUGAUUGUUUUGACAUUGAGCAUUAAAUAAUAAAUUUACAUAAUUUGUUUUUGUUAUUUUUUAUUUAUUAUCUUGAUUUGAAAUUCACAAUUUUAGAAAAACUAAAAAUCAUCAAGUAAAUAUUUUUAUAUUCUGCUUUUAACAGAAUAACAAUUAAUUGUUAUAGAAAAAAAAUUAUCUUAUAAAUAUAUAAAAAUUUUUUAAUAACACAUGAACACUGAAAUUAUUUAAUAGAACUAAAAGUGUGUAAAUGUUGAUUGUUUACUGACAUGUCAUUAAAAUUUUCACAUAUUUUUUUAAUUUUGACAUUGUCCUCUGGUGACAAGUCAAAUUCUUUUUCUGUAAAUUAAAUUAUAAAAAAUUAGAUAAUGUUUUUAAUUAUUAUCUAAACAUGAGUUGAUAUUAAGUUAACCAUUUUUAUAUUUUUCUAGCUGUUAAAAAAUAUCGUGAUGAUUCAUUUUGUAUUUUUUUUUUUUUUAAUGACUUUUAAACACAAAUUUAUUUUAUAAAUACCUAUUAUUUUUUUAGUGUUUUAUUAUAUUUCAGUGCGAACCACGCACACAUGCACACUUGUAUUGAAUAUAAUACAUAUAAUACAUAUACUUAAUAAAUUAACAGUCUAUUUAAAUUAAUUCCUUAAUCACUUGCCACCAAUAUUUUUAUUUAUCAUAAAAAAUAUGAUAUAGACUACAAAUUAGAUUAUUUGGCUAAAUCAAUUAUUUUAUCAUAUAUAAAUUAUUAUAUAUGAUAAAUCAAAAUAUUGGUGGCAAAUAAUUGAAGAAUUAAUUUAGACUGUUAAUUUAUUUAUUUGGUUCCAUCCUUUUCUUAGAAAAUAUUUUCCAUAAUUAAACGAUUAAAUAGCUAUUAGAAAAUGUAUCUAAGAGAAAGAUGUGGCCAAAUAAAUUUAUAUGUUGUCUUGAUUAAUUUCUUGGCAACAUUUUCUAUAAUAAAUUAAAAUAUUUGUGGCGAAUAGUUGAGCAAUUUUUUUAGACUACGAAAUAAUUUAUUUAGCUACAUCCUUCUUUUAGCAAAAAUUAUUACAUACAAUCAAUUAAUUGUAUAAAUUUAGAUAACAAACUUGUGGCGUAUUUUGAUAUCAAAUUGAUAUACGUAAAAUAGUACAAAUCAGCAUUAAAAUAUCAACAACAAUUGGGAACAAUUUUGGUUCGCGAGACGCCGAAAGCGCCUUUCUGUGGCCAAAUGUACAAGCCUUAUUUCACGACAUAUUUUGUCCCAUUCCCAAUGUACAUAUAUAUACUACAUACUAUAUACUACAUUGAAAUAAAAAAAUAUUAAACAAAAACUUGGUUAUUGUGCAUACUACAUUUUAUCAAAUAUGACUCGCUUAAAAAGAUUACGUGAAUCAGAGUUAGAAAGAAACUUGGUAAAAAAAUAUAAACCUACAAGGCCAACUUUAACACGUUUCAUUAGCAAAAUAAAUGAUAAGAUAAACUGUCACAAUGAUGAUGAUUCAUAUACCGAAGAUGAACUGAUAAUUAAAGGUGUUAAUGAUGAUUGCCUGGCUGAAAUAUUCAUGUAUGUUCCAGUAUGUGAAAGGCCAAAAAUUGCAUUGGUAUGCAAACAAUGGAAAAGAGCCCUUGAUAAUUAUUCAUGGUUUAAUGUCAAAAAACUUGAACUAACUCAUUGGCAAUAUGAUGAGUAUCCAAAUUAUUUAAUUAAAAAUUAUCCAACAAUCGAUGGACAAUUGAGUUUUUUGAUAUCACUGCUUGAUAAAUGUGGUCGUUAUUUAACAGAAUUAGACUUGACAGCAUAUGGUCAUUGUUUGAUAGUGCCGGUUAUCAAUGUAUCUUGUCCAAAUCUGGUGAAACUUCGAAUAAGAAUUCAGUUCAUUGAUGAUGAUGCAAUAUUAGAUAACGUAUUUACAGGUCUUUCUAAACUAAAAGUAUUGAAAAUUAUAUUUCAAGAUAUUGAUAGUAGAUAUAUACCUGUUACUCUAAUCAAUUCAUUGUUAAACGUUGCUGAUACAUUAAUUGAAUUGAAUUUGUCAAAUUGGUCUGGAUGCAUGGCAAACAACUCUGAAUUUCCAGAAGAAUUCACUAGUGUGGUUUCUAAACUAAAAGCCUUGGAAAGAAUUCAAAUUGGUGGUAUAAACUGUCCCAAAAGUUUAGUUGAUAAUAUUUCUUCGAGAAGUCCUGGAGUGAUAGCUUAUUAUGACGAGUGUGCAUAUCAGGAAAAUAAUAUUGAUCACGCAAGAAGUUUUGUAAAUAUAAAGAAAUUAUUUAUCAAAAAACGCCCAGUUACUGAUGAUUAUUUAUACAAUGUUGCAAAUGUCAUGAAACAUUUAUUCGCACUACACAUUUAUUGUGAUGACUUAACUGAUGCUGGUAUAGUGGCAGUUUCAAAGAUGAAUCAUUUGAAACAUUUUGAUUGUUACGGGUAUAAUAAUAACAUCACUGAUUCUUCUAUUAAAUUGCUCAAAAAUAUGUUCUCAUUGGCCCUACCAUUCAGCAAUAAAAUUACAAAUAAAUCAGCACUUCAAUUUCUUGACAAUUCACCAGAGUUGAUGCAGUUUGGCGUUGUUUUCACAAGUGUAACUUCUGAAUUAAUUAAAAAAGCAGACGAAAUAUCUAGGAUCCGAAAAAAACAUUUGAAAUUAUUAAUGACUGGUAAAGUUAGUGAUCCUAGCAAACAAAUUAAAAAGGAAUAUUUAACAGUCACUUAUUAUGUAAAAAGAGUAACGCCAAAAAAAAAAUUAGAUAAUUCGUAACUUAUUAAUAUACAGCUGUUGAUGAUCACUGACUAAUAAUCUUGAUUAAUUGAACAUUUUAAUUACCCAACUAUUAUAAAAAAACCAUAUGCAUAAUUAUGGUUCACUUCAUGUUUUAUCAACCGUAAACAAUAAUUUUGAAUUAAUUUUUAACAAAUUUAGAUUAAAAAAACUAUAACUUUUAUUCCUAUUUAACAAAAAAAUAUUAUUAUUCACUUCAAGCCAUCAAGAA